GGUUGGUGUUCGCUUGUACGGGUGUCGGAACUGGAGGAGGACUGUGUAGGACGAUUGCGCAAAGAUCCCGCCCCGUUGAUGCCUUCAGGGACCCUUAAAAAUCAGAAAAACGAUCAUUCGGACAGAGCCUCCAAUGUUUUGCUAGCUUGCAAGAUGUUUAUACAAACCCUGGUGCCAUGCUGACACCUGCUGGAUGCAGUGUUAGUAUAAAAACAAGAUAGCAGAAACUAUGGAGGCCUCAGGCUCAGAGGCUUCAUCCCAAAGCCAAAGAGAAGAGCAGAAUGCACCGACAGGUCAAGGAGAAGAUGGAUCAAAGUUAAAGAAGGCUCAUUUGAAGAGGACCUUGAGCACUAAAAAGAAAAAGACAAAAAAAGCUGCUGUUUCCAGGUCUGCCCGGGUCAACUACACAGUCCAUCAAGGAGAAGAUAUGCUUCUUGUUAUAUCAAACGCUUCUUCUCAAUAUGAUGAUUCAGUAUGGGCUCCUAAAAGAAAGGGAAGCAAAAAGAAGAAGCUUUCCAGAGAAAACACAAAAAACAUACAAACGAAGAGGAAGAGGACAGUCUGUGCCAAGAGGAAAGUGGAAACUAAAGUUUCUGUGGAGGAACAGGAGCUCUCAAUGUUUGCUUUCUCUCAGGAAACAGAUGACCAGCGGUGGGGCCAGAAUCUGCCAGUGGAGGUGCUGGUCAACAUUUUCCAGAUGGUGGUCAGUCAAGAUAACGCAGUGCCAUUUUUAUGCAGGGUGGGGAGAGUUUGUCGUCUCUGGAAUGCUGCUGCUUCCAGCCCUAUCCUGUGGCGCACAGUGACCCUAGGACACUGCUGGAUCCCCCCAGGGAAGUCUCAGCUUCCAAAAACUGAGAAGAAGAUUCAGGACACGGUUACCUGGCUGGCUCAGAACAGAUUUUCUCAGCUGCGAGAUUUUGCUCUCUGCCACUGGACCAAAAAUGUUGACUUCACAUUGCAGGCCGUUUCCCAGUUCUGCCCUCACCUUGGCUCCAUCAAGCUCUCCUAUUGUUCAGGCCUGACAGCCAAGGCGUUCCAAAGCCUCGGUCUGCACAGCCGCGCUCUGCAUAGCAUCAACAUUCAGUACUCAGAGUUCCAAGUUGAAGGACUCCUGGAGUAUCUUGAAAAUCAUGGAUCCCAGAUUAAAGAAAUCUCCUUCACUCAUGGACUAAAGAAUGACAAACUUCUGGCAGCUCUAAAUAGGGGGUGUUGUCCGGAUUUGGAGUUGUUGGAGGUGAACACGAAGCUCGACAGUAAAGACGGUGAACUUCCAGUUUGCAUCCAGGCAUUACAGACGGCCUGUCCCAAACUCAAGACCUUUCGCAUGCUGAACGUCAGACCUCUGCAUAAGACGAUGCGUAAUGGCGUGGAUUCAUCGCCCGGCUUCCCGUGCCUGGAGGAGCUUUGCAUUGCGACCACGUCGUACUCCUACAUGACUGACAAAGAUUUGCUGGGCAUUCUGUUUGCCUCCACUAAACUGAGGAUUCUGGAUCUGCGAGGCUGCUCACGAAUUACACCGUAUGGUCUGGCCCAGUUGCCUUGUCCUGAUCUCGAGUGCUUGUUCUGGGGUCAGUACUUCAACAGUCAUGUCGGGCUGCCGUCUCUGAAGAGAGAUUUUCACCUGGUGACCCAGUUAUGGGGUCGGACACUGCAGCAGCUUGACCUCGCAAACCAGGUUUUCACCGAGGAAGACUUGGAGCUGGCCAUGGGUUACUUGGCAGCUCAGACGAAGACUCUCCGCUCGCUCAACCUCAGUGGGACCAGGAUCACCCUGCGUGGAGUCAGGUAUGUCAUUAGUCGCAUGCACGCGCUGGACUACCUCAACCUCUCAUCCUGCCGCUAUCUGCCAAGAGGACUGAAGAAAAUCUAUCGGGGCCAGGAGGAAAUCCAGCAGCUGCUGGACAAACUGAAAGAACUUGUUUGAAUACAGACUUUAAAGUGUUCAUUCUUUUUUUUUUACUGUAAAUAAACACAUUUUUAUAACUUAAUACCUUGCUAUGGCAUUAAAUGAACAAAUCAUUCAAAAUCUUGCCAUGCUUUUGUCAUCAAUAUUUUGGCCAAUUAGCAGAUCAUCAUGGUUCUCAGUGACCUUUGUUAGACAGAAAUAUGGCACAGUUGAAGUGCUUGAAAAUAUUGAUAUGUGUUAAAACAAGCUGGACUUUCAGCAUUUAUGUUCGCUGGCAUCUUUCAGUCAGGACAUCACAUUAAAAUUGUUCACCACUGGUCACUUGAGGGUCAUUUAAACAGAAUUCAGGCUUAAUAGUCGGUUUUGCGCUUGACUAGAAAUUUGUAACAGCAUCUAUCUUCUCUUUUCAGUUCAAAUGAGCGGCAGCCAAGCUGCUAUUUUUUGUACCUGCAAACUCAGGAUAUAAUUUUUCCUUGCUCAUCAGGCUGUUUCACUGCAGUUUUGAACAGUAAAGGAUGGUGAUGGAAAGCUGAGAUCAACUGUUAGAUACUGUUGUUUUUCUAUCUAUACUUUUCUCCAUUAUUUGUUGUUUGACUGUAUCUAUCCUUUUGUUUGCAUUACAUUGUUUCUUUUAUAUAUUUCAAAGUUUUUUACUUUUGUAGUUUUACUUUUUUUCUUUAAGCUAUUUCUGGGAGCAGCUAACAAAAUUACAAAUUUUCUUAAGAGAAAUUGAAGGGGUAUGUCGCUUUCUUUUUCUUAUCAUUACAAAAGCAUUUUGUCUCAAAACUUUGUUUGAUGUAAAGAGGGAAAAAAGCAAAAUGUCAUGAAUUAAACUCAACUUCUGGAAAUCUUGA